AUGGAUGGCAACGAUCGGCAAGCAACUAACACACCACCCAAUUUAGCUGCGCUUCAAGAAGGAGUUCAAGAGCCACGAGCACACGAAUCUCAAGUCAUGAACAAAACCGCCAGUCAAGAUCACAGUGUCAUUCCGGCUAGUGACGCUGGUAAUCAAACGGAAACAGACAAAAAGAUUGGCGAGGCAACGACCUCAUCCACAUCGAGGACGGCCAGCGCUAGCAGCAAUGAAGCCCAAAGCGAUCGGCCAACAGUUCAAUUUCCGUGGAGACUUCACGAACUCUUGACGGAAGCAGAAACGAACGGAAACGAUGCGAUAAUAUCGUGGAUUCCUGGGACUAACAAUGCGUUCAAGGUGAAGAAUAAGGAAAAGUUUACCAAUGAAAUCCUUCCAGAGUAUUUUAAUGCAACGAAAUACAAGUCGUUUCAGCGCAAUUUAAAUCUUUGGGGUUUUGAAAGCAUCACCGAGGGUCCAAACAAAGGUGGUUGCCAACAUCCCAUCUUCAUUCGGGGGGACAGGGAAAAGUGUCACUACAUGAUUCGUCAGAAGGUAAAGGGGCAAAAGCAAAAACAACAAGAAUCAUUGGCAUCGCUUUCAGCCAAGGAUGCAGCUAGUGCUAGUCUGAGACGAAGCUCAAUGUCUUUGCUUACUUCUGGUUUUCCGGGAUCAACUAAUUUUCAAGCGACCACUGGAGGUACAAGUCUGCCGACACUGGACGGCCACGAGCUUUCCUUUUGCGAAAAGCUGCACCGCGUUUUGGCAUUGACCGAAUUGCAAGGGUUCAUGCAUUGGACCGGUGAUGGACGUGCCAUUGCAAUUGUCAAUCCCUAUCAGUUCAAUGGCAUUGCCGUCAACAAUUUCUUUCCAAACAUGACUUUGCCUGUUUUUCUCGCCGAGCUCGAAGGAUAUGGCUUCCAGAAAGUAUCGCAUGGAGGAUUCCAAGACUGCUACUAUCAUGAUAUGAUGAUGCAAGGUUGCCAACACCUCUGCAAAUAUAUUGCCAGUCCGAACGAAGCCCGGCGCUUUAUUUCGAAAGACCCUAUCUCUGAUCUCAACAAGGGACAGACCCGGAAUGUCAAUCAGAUGGGAAACCACUCCAACCAAGGAAUACCAACAUCAGAUGCAUCCUCGCUCCAGCAACUCUUUCAGUUGCAGGCAACUGGUGGAUUGGGGAAUAUACUGUCUUCUCAGGUGCCCCGAACCACCCAGGAUUCUCUUUCGAAUUCGUUGGCCCUGCUAAGUGCUGGACAGUCCUCCAUGCCCAAUCAUGCACUCAAUCCAACCCUCCAAUUUUUGGGGAACAACAUGCAAGGCAAUCGCUCGUCGACCAUUGCCUCCUACCUUACGGAACUACAGCUGCGUCAACACCAACAGCACCAACAACAAGGAAGUGGCGGAAGCAAUGGCAGUGGGGGAGCAGGAGACGGGGGCCUCGGGGGAAUUACGCGGGGCGCACAAGUGUAG